ACUAAGUUUAUCCACAUUUUCAACCUGUUUGUUUUGGAUACCCAGCUAUUGUUAAUAAACACCUGAUUCCUUACUGCUUGGAGAUGCUGAUGGGGUGGGGGCUCUGGGGUAUAAGCUCCUGCGUCCAGGUGACAAGGUGGCAGCAACUUUAAUUCCUCGUGUCAGCAUCUCUUCAUGACUUUUUGCUCAGGAAGGUCAGUAAAUCUAAAGAGCAAAUAACUUGUUUCCUAAGCAAUGGAAGGUUCCUAAGCAGGUUGAGUUUAUAUUUGUAGCUUUGUUUUGAAUGUUGUUGUUAUUGGCUAAAGAAAUGCUUGUGCCCUUCUGGUGCUCUGUGAACUCAGCUGCUCUGGUGCCCUUCAGUGCCUCUGGGUUUGGAGUGGGAGGAAUGCUUGUUAUUUUGUGUGAUGGAAGGGCCUGGCUGUUUUCAGACUCUGAGAUGUGUAAAACCUUCAAACGCCAAAAUAUCAGCAGGGUGAUGCUAAACUUUCCUCUUAACCAGAUAAGUGAUGGGAGAUUUACUCUGAUUUGUAAAGUAAUAAUUUCUCACUGGUUACUUCAUGUAAACACUGAUGGGUUGGUUUUUUUUUUUUUUUUUUAUGAAUUGAUUCUCUCUCUUGCUGCCCCCUCCUCCCCCUGGGGAGAGAUCUUUAGCAGCACAUGGAAAAUGUGACUGACCCACAAAGGUCAGAUUCAGUCUACCCUUCUGCUUUCCUUAUUCUGCUUGUCAGACAGCACAACUUACUUGCUUUAUCUCUUGUCCAGAUCUUUUUUUUUUCUGUAUAUCUCAUUUUUUUUUGUAUGUGUGAAUUUUAAAUAGAAUUUCUAUAAAAUAUGGUGGCAGUAGAGCUGUUCCCUGAACGUAAUUUACUGUGCUUUAUGGCUUCUGCUGAUCUUUUUUUAGUUUCUUGCUAUGGAUGAUAUUGAUUGGAGUACAGAGUUUUUAUGCAGCUGAAGGGAAAGGUUAUGCUAUUACAGAUUGUAUAUAUAUAUAUAUUUUUAAAGACUGUCUUUUAAAGACAGUAAUAAACACAUUCAGGCAGUGGUUACCAAAACUCAUUAUUAAGUAGCUGUAAAACCUCUUACAAGAUAAACUGUUUAAUGUAUUGACUGGUUAGUGUCUUUAACCCUGCCUUUGAUGGCGUGGAAGGUAGAGUAUAUAUUUAGAAACUAAUUCCAGAAAAACCAUCUGUCAGACUAAAGUGUUUCUCAAGACCCGAAAAAACAAUCCUGUUUUUUAUUUUUCUUAAGCAGAAAAUCAUGUGCUGUGCCUGAGAGAUGCUGGUGGUAAAGCUUUGGGGAAGAAACAGGGGCAAUGGGUUUGUAACAUCCCAGCCAUCCCAGGAGACGGAGAUUCACGUGGCAUUCCUGCUGGGAUGGAGAACUUGGAUGAGUAGAAGAGUGUUAGUGUGCAGAUUCACUUCCAAACCUCCUGGAUUUGGGGCUGGCUUUUAUUUCUGGCUUUGGUAGUAGAGCUCAGGGGUGUGCAGUCAAUUGAGCUUAGCAGCAGGCACGCUGUGGAUGUUAUUCCUCUGUCUGGAAGGGGUUUGGAGAUGCAUCAGGCAUCUCAGGGAAUGAUUCAGUUCGUAACAACCAACCUCCUUCCGUGCCUGUUUGUGCCUCUCCUGGUGGAGCUGCCUUGCUUCUGCCAAGCACUGGAAUAUGACUGGUUUUCCUGAACAUGAGCAGAGCACCCUGAGCAAUUUCAAAGCCAUGUCUUUUUCUUCCCUUUUCUUCUUUCUCUCGUUCCCUUUUUUGAUGUCACACAAAAGCACUUGUCUGGAGUAGGGAAGUGUGUGAUAGAACAUUUAAACUUCAGGUUUUUGGUUUGUUUUUUUUUUCUGAAAGUGGCCAGUUAGCUCAUUAGCUGAACUUGAGUGCUCUUGGUAGUAAUAUGGGGUUUUUUCUUUGAUUUUUUUUCCUACAGGGAUGUGCACAUGACUGAAAGAAUCAAUUGCUUCUCUUGCACAUCCCAGUAUUAAUAUGCUUAACUGCUCCUGCUAAUGAGGAAAAUGUGCCUUCUGAAAGGCUUUACACACACUAAGGAAAAGUUAAGGAAGUUCCUUUAUUUGUAGUGACACUUCACUGCAAGAACUGGCCCAUAAGUGACGGGGAAAAAGUUGCUUCUAAUACCCAACAGCUUUGUGCUCUUAAAUACCACUCCUGGGAAUGUGUGGCUAUUCCCAUCAGGCAGCCUGAGGGAUCUGAAAAAAGCUUUACUGGCAUCAGUUGUGUGUUACCUGUGUUAGCCCCGAGUGCCUGAGCUGCUGGAGAGCUGCGGAGGAACUUGCACAUGCAGAUUUUUUUUUCACCAGAAUUACAGAUUUCACCAUGUGUGUUUUAUCUUGUCAGUUUUUUGAGGCUUUUCUCUUUUCCCUCCGUGGUUUCUAUGGGAAUGUCACGAGUUUGGGUGGUGUGUGUAACUCUCCCAACUGCAGCACAGUCUGUCUCUGUAUUGCUUAACUUUUGGGGAUUUUUUUUUUUUUUUGGUGCUCAUUUUGUGGUGCAGGACAGGAGCAGAGGAUGUUUGACAUUGAACUGGGGGUCCAGUUACAGGAAUGGCAGUCACAGAUGAUUUCUCCAUCCUCUGGAGAUGAAACAAAUAAGUCAAAAAGCACAAACCAUUGUUUCCAUGCAAGAUGAGGAUAGAUCUUUACCAUCCCCAGUCCCCUGGGGUGUGAUGCAAGCUGGGAGCCAUCCCAGAGCUGGAAAGUUGGUCUGGAGAACGAAGGAGAAGAGAGAUUUCUGUGGUUGACCCCAAGAAGGGCACUAUUGAGUGGAAGGUUUGUCUCUACCACCUUUUUCAGAGUAACUGGUGUGUGCUAGAACAUCUGAGGGAACUGGGAGUGUUCCUAGCCCUGGGCACAGCGCUCCAUGCAUUUAAAAAUAAAAACUGCUGACAUUUCUUUCAGCUGUCCUUAGUGUGAAUCAAAGCACGCUGGUUUCCAGUAUUUCUCAGCACUGACAGCACCAGGCUGGGCAGCAGAGAUAUUUUAGCCCUGCAUACAGGAUUAGUGGUGUCUUAGGGAGGAAAAUGAGGCACCUUGUGUUCCGGCAAAUGAGCAAUUUACUGCUCACUGAGGAAAGUCUGGUGCUGCCUGGCGGAUGGGGCUGCGUUGAGCAAGGCUUUUGGUGUAGAAAUGCUGUCAAUCACCUGCGAGCUGAAGAGCUGCAAGAGGCUUGUACUUGCUGGUAACUUAGUGCUCAUUUGCUGCUCUGGCUCGGGGAGCUUCUUCCAAAGACUGUUCAGUGCAGAUUGUGUGAGUGUCUUUGGGUGAAGAACUGAACUGCAAAGAGAUCCUCGAUGCACUUCCUUGCCAUUAUUUAAGGAGCCUUUACUAAAAGCUUUUGGAUUGUGUUUCUGAGCAGACAAGAGAUUUCUGUAUCCAAAAUGCUCAUAAAGGAAUAUCGCAUUCCUCUUCCGAUGAGCGUGGAAGAAUAUCGCAUCGCCCAGCUCUACAUGAUCCAGAAAAAGAGCAGAGAGGAGACAUGUGGGGAAGGCAGUGGAGUGGAGAUCCUGGAGAACAGGCCCUACGUGGAUGGCCCUGGGGGCAGCGGGCAGUACACUCACAAGGUUUACCACAUCGGCAUGCACAUCCCCAGCUGGUUCCGCUCCAUACUGCCCAAGGCAGCUCUGCGCGUGGAGGAGGAGUCCUGGAAUGCUUAUCCUUACACAAGGACAAGGUACACGUGUCCUUUUGUGGAGAAGUUCUCUAUUGAUAUUGAGACCUACUACAAAACUGACCCAGGAGACCAUAACAACGUGUUCAACCUUUCUGCUGCAGAAAAACGACAAACCAUUUUAGAUCCUAUUGAUAUUGUUAAAGAUCCUAUCCCUCCCCAUGAAUACAAAGCUGAGGAGGAUCCAAAGCUGUAUAAAUCAGUGAAGACUAAAAGAGGACCCCUCUCAGAAGAUUGGAUUCAAGAGUACAAGAACAACCCUGGGAAAUACCCCAUCAUGUGUGCAUACAAACUGUGUAAAGUGGAGUUCAGAUACUGGGGGAUGCAGUCGAAAAUCGAGCGCUUUAUCCACGAUGUUGGCCUGCGGAAGGUGAUGGUCCGGGCCCACCGACAGGCCUGGUGCUGGCAGGACGAGUGGUACGGGCUCACCAUCGAGGACAUCCGGCAGCUGGAGAAGGAGGCCCAGCUGAUGCUGGCCCAGAAGAUGGCCCAGUUCUGCGGUGAGAACGACCCAGAGCAGCACGGGGUCAAGGACACUCCUGGGGAGAAGGACGUGGAGCCCAGCACGGGGUCACCUGCAGACACCGAGGACGCCUCUGCGAACAGCGACGCAGCCUCCGGCAGGUCGCUCACCAAGCAAUGGUCCACCUCCUCCAAGUCCUCACGGUCUUCAAAGAGGGGAGCAAGUCCCUCGCGCCAUAGUAUCUCCGAGUGGAGGAUGCAGAGCAUUGCCAGGGAUUCAGAUGACAGCUCAGAUGAUGAAUUCUUUGAUGCACAUGAGGACUUGUCUGACAAUGAGGAAAUGUUCCCGAAAGAAAUAACCAAAUGGAGUUCCAACGACCUGAUGGAUAAAAUUGAAACCCCCGAAUGCGAUGAUGUCCAGGGUGACUUGUACCAGGAGACAUCAGCAGAGUACCACGUUGGCUCCAGCGUGGAGAGGCUCAGCAUCAUCGAGGAUGAAUCAGUGCAGCCAUUAAUGCAGCCAAGUAAAAUCCAUGUCCUCCUCUUGGUCCUCCAUGGAGGGAACAUCCUGGACUCAGGAAGUGGUGACCAGAGCUCCAAGCAAGGGGAUGUCAACACCAUCACGACCGUGUUUGACACGGUGAUGAGGGUGCAUUACCCAGCUGCUCUGGGACACAUUGCCAUCAAACUUGUCCCUUGCCCAGCCAUCUGCUCUGAAGCAUUUUCCCUGGUGUCCAGCCUCAGCCCAUACAGUUAUGAUGAGGGCUGCCUGUCCAACAGCCAGGAUCACAUUCCCCUCGCCGCACUCCCCCUGCUCGCCACGUCCUCCCCACAGUACCAAGAAGCCGUGGCCACUGUCAUUGUCAGAGCCAACCAGGCCUACAGUGAGUUCAUCAAAUCCCAGGAGGGCACCUCCUUCAAUGGCCAGGUCUGCUUGGUAGGGGACUGUGUUGGAGGGAUCCUGGGGUUUGAUGCCUUAUGCUACAGCAACCAGACCGUGUCCGAGAGCCAGAACAGCAGCCGGCGAGGGAGCGUCGUGAGCGUCCAGGAUACCGACCUUCUGUCUCCUGGGAUAACGGUGAACAACAGCCACUGUUCCAGUGGCUCUAAUCUGGAAGCCAGCAGACACCUCAGCAGGAGCAACAUUGAUAUUCCUCGUAGCAAUGGAGAAGAUCCAAAGAAGCAGCUGCCACGAAAAAGGAGUGAUUCAUCCACCUAUGAGCUGGACACGAUAAAGCAGCAUCAAGCCUUUCUUUCAAGUUUACAUUCUAGCGUCCUGAGAAACGACCCCACAUCCAGGAGAUCCAGCAGCUCCACGAUGCUGGAUGGAGGAAAUAUUGGGAAGUUUGACUUUGAGAUCACAGACUUCUUCCUCUUUGGGUCUCCCUUGGGCCUGGUGCUUGCGCUGAGGAAAACUGUAAUUCCAGCUCUUGACAUCUUUCAGCUCAGACCAGCUUGUCAGCAGGUCUAUAACCUGUUCCACCCUGCAGACCCAUCUGCUUCACGCCUCGAGCCUCUUUUGGAGAGGAAGUUUUACCUUUUGCCCCCCUUCAAUAUUCCCCGGUACCAGAGGUUCCCGCUGGGCGACGGCAACUCUGCUGUUCUGGUUGAGACAAUCCAGAACAAUCCCAUCCUCCUCAUGGAAAGUAGCCCUCUGGGUGCUCUCCAGCACCAGGACAGCUUCAUGGAAACAAGUAUCCCCGUUCCUGUACUGAAUUGGCAAGAUGUUUCCAAUAAAAGUGCUGGUUGUGCUGAGUCAGAUGUUGUUCAGUCUCAUGGUGCCGUCUUCAUGGAAAACGCGUCCCUGUCCACCCCCAUUUCAGCCCCUCAGUUCAGGGGCUUCCGGAGAGCCAGUGAGAUCAGCAUUGCCAGCCAGGUCUCAGGAAUGGCAGACAGUUACACUGCUUCCAACAUAGCCAACAAAACCAAACACCACCUUAAUCAUUGUAGGGGGUUUAGCCUUCUGUCCCAACUUGCCCUCCCUCACAAAUCCCCUACCCAAAGCUCCUUCAGGAGGCGUAGGCAGCACAAACACACAGUCCCUGCCAAGGGAAGGAAGCUCAAAGGGCCACGGAGCCGGGCUGCAGGCUGUGCUCUUCGGAUACCAGACCUGGACAUCAAGACAGUUGCUGCCAAGUGGUGGGGAACCAAACGGAUCGACUACGCCCUGUACUGCCCCGAUGCCCUCACGGCUUUCCCGACGGUGGCUCUGCCUCACCUCUUCCACGCCAGCUACUGGGAGUCCACGGACGUUGUCUCCUUCCUGCUCAGACAGGUGAUGAGACACGAGAACUCGAGUGUUUUGGAGCUGGAUGGGAAGGAGGUGUCUGUCUUCACCCCCUCCAAGCCCCGUGAGAAGUGGCUCCGCAAGAGGACGAACGUGAAGCUCCGGAACGUCACAGCCAACCACAGGAUCAACGACACCAUUGCUAACGAGGAUGGGCCCCAGACCUUAACUGGGAGGUUCAUGUAUGGUCCAUUAGACAUGGUCACCCUCACAGGAGAGAAGGUGGACAUCCACAUCAUGACCCAGCCACCGUCGGGGGAGUGGGUGUACUUUGACACGGAGAUCAGCAACAGCAGUGGCAGGAUUUCCUACGUGAUCCCCGAGGAGCGGCGCCUGGGCAUCGGCGUCUACCCCGUCAAGAUGGUGGUCAGGGGUGACCACACGUUUGCUGACAGCUACAUCACGGUGCUGCCCAAGGGGACGGAGUUUGUGGUGUUCAGCAUCGACGGCUCCUUCGCAGCCAGCGUCUCCAUCAUGGGCAGCGACCCCAAAGUCCGCGCCGGGGCCGUGGACGUUGUAAGGCACUGGCAAGACCUCGGCUACCUCAUUAUCUAUGUCACGGGCCGCCCUGACAUGCAGAAGCAGAGGGUGGUGGCGUGGUUAGCACAGCACAACUUCCCCCACGGGAUCGUGUCCUUCUGCGACGGGCUGGUUCACGACCCGCUGCGGCACAAGGCCAACUUCCUGAAAUCCCUCAUCACCGACCUGCACAUGAGGAUCCACGCAGCCUACGGAUCCACCAAGGACAUCUCCGUGUACAGCUCCAUCAGCCUCCCGCCCACGCACAUCUACAUCGUUGGCCGUCCCACCAAGAAGCUGCAGGGCCAGUGUCAGUUCAUCACGGAGGGCUACGCAGCCCACCUGGCCCAGCUGGAGUACAACCACCGCGCGCGCCCCGCCAAGAACACCACGCGCAUGGCGCUGCGCAAGGGCAGCUUCGGGCUGCCCAGCCAGGCCGAGUUCCUGCGCAAGAGGAACCACCUGCUGCGCACCAUCUCCUCCCAGCCCGCGGCCGGCCACCGGCCCGAGCGCACCCAGAGCCAGUCGGACGGCGACAAGGACAGGGACAGGGAGCGCAGCCAGAGGAGCAUGAGCAUCGCCACGGGCUGCUGGGGCCGCAGCGCCGCGUCCCGGCUGGAGUCUGGCCUCCUGGGGCAGAAGUAGCCAGGCCAGAGCCAGCAUUGUCAGCUGCGGCCAGCGGAGGAGAAGAUAAAAGGAAAGAGGGACGAGGCCAGAGUUUCGGGCUGGAAGGGUAAAUAUGGUGCUACUCUAAUAACACGGUGUUCUGGGAAGAGACGGGAUGUUCCCCACGCAGAACGUGCAGGCCUUGCAGCGGGAGCCCGAGGAACGGCUGGAAAUUGGGGGCAGGUCUCCAGAUCAGGACGGCGCUCUCUCCUGCCUCCUUCUCUCAUCCAGGGUCAGUGACUGUAAAUAGGUGCCUCCUCGCCUUGUUAGCCAUCCACACGGUGACCGAGUGCUGUCCUCAGAGCCACAGGAACAGGGCACGAGGCUGGGGGAGCUUGUUCUGGGCUGUCCCGGGAGUCGGGUGGGGGCUCUGGGGUUGGGUAACGCCGCUCCCCCGGCCCCGGCGAGGGAUUUGUCGUGGGCCGUGCCAGGCAGAGCGACCGAGAGCUUUUCCUGCACAGAGAGCUCCACGUGCAGCCGCUUUCUCGAGGAGCUGGUGCAGUGCAAAGCUGAAGCUGCAUCGAGGCCCUUGGCAGAGGCGGAAUGUCGGCAGAUUCGCGCCCAAGACAGCGGGGUCGUUCUUGUUAUUACUGUUAUUUUUUUAAACAGAUCUUUUAGAAGCCGAUGGAAUUUAAUGUGUUGGCCUAUUAAAAGAGGAAUACAAGCUGUUUUGUUUGAGCUGUUACAAACCUCAGACACUUAAUUGCUGUUAAAGUCUCCAAAUAGUCUCGCUAUGUAUUAUUUCCAGCAAGUAACCACCAUAUAUUUGGAAGCAGCUGAAGGCACUCAGCAGCUGGAUGGCAUUGCAGUUCUUUUCAUCCAAAUGCAGGGUCUGACUCUCUCAACGUCCACCUCGGAGACCUUUUUUCUUCCCAGGUUCUCUCCAAGUUCAGUAGCAGCUUUCAUGGGAACUAGACUCGCUUCUUUUACCUAUAGUUACUGAACUGUAAAACCUCAUUGUUUUUUGCACUGAUGAUUUUUAGAAUGGAAACCUGUUACCAUCUCAUGUAGCUACACCAGUGUUUGUAGUGCAUGACAAUGAAAUAUUGCUAAGCCAGGGUGUGUGUGGAUAUCCAUACAUAUAUACACACACACAUAUAUAUAUGUAUAUAUUUAAAAGAAAAAACAAAACAAUCUGUGCAGAAGUUUUUCCAGCAGUAAGGAGACUGUAAGGAAGUGUGCCAACAAUGUCAGGCAACCUUAAGAAAAGGCCAUAUCUUAAUUUUUCUGGGGUGUUACUCAGUGAUGUGCCUGAGACACUGGGUUUGUGCUGCUGGAGCGAGCUGGCGGGCGCGUGGCAGAGGGCUGGCAGCCCGGUGACACCCAGACAGGGACAGAGAACAGUGCCUGGAGCCAGGGCUUGCCAAAAAGCCCCUCAGUCCUGUCCCUCCCGGGGCCAGCAAAGGUUCCCUCCUUGCACACGCCUCCCGGGGUGGAGGGGCAUCCACACAGGGGUUCCACUCACAGACUCCAGUUGGCCUCUUCACGUGGAGAUUUUCUAGUCCUCCCUGACUGUGUGUAACCCCGCUUUCCCCACCACACUCUCCUGUCUUUGUAUCACUUUCUACUUACGAGGAUCUUAUUUAUAACAGAAUUUUUUAGACUGGCUGCUUCAUUUUCUUACCGGUUUCAAUAAGAACGGUGCAGGACGGCCGCACUGAGAUACACAGCACUGUGAACGCUGCUCUGCUCGCUGCCUCUGGCCCACGGUGGGCAAAUCCAGCUCACCCAACUCAUGUGUUCGUGCUGUGGAGGGUCCAGGCCGAGGCAGAGCAGGGGCAGUGCGGAGCUGCCGCCGGCAUCCGAGCCCCUGGAGCGCUCAGACCCGACUGCAAAAGGUUUAACCGCUUCUCUUUGGUAUUAUCCAAGUACAGAAUGUACCUGAUGACUUUUUGUUACCAGAAACUGACUUCCCUUUCUGCUGACUCAGCUUGGCUCUUUCUGAAUGUACAUCCAGAGCUUUUACUGGGUUUGAAAACAAUGAGAAUUUGUCCCAGCUUUUUGCUAGCCGAAUGUUCCAUCAAACUGAUGCCAUCUGAGUAGGAAGCCAAGCCACAAUCCAUCCUGUGAAGUCACCAAACCACAUCACUAAAUAAUUUCUGCAAAUUUGGAUAUGGCCUUUGCAAAAUUCACCUUUCCUCCAAGUCCAGAACCGAGGCAUGACCUGUACAUUUUCCAGUUGACGAGAUGUUCACAUUUUCUUAUGUGUAGAUAGUGUAAAACAGAGGCGAAUGUAAAUGUUCAACAUAAAAAGUGGAUAUAUAAAAUUGAAAGUUAUUUAUUUAUGUAGAGGAAAAAAAAAUUGUCUGGAGGGACUGGAACCUUCAGGGUUUAUUAAUAUUUUUAAAAUGUAGCUUUUUUGUUUCAGGCAUUAUGUACAAAGCAAUUAUUUUAUGGACCAAGUUUAAUGUAACUGUCAAUGAAUGCAGAAGUGCAAUAUGAUACCCACUCUCUCCAUCACUUCAUGUUUUAAACAGCUCCUGACCAGUUAGCCUGACAAUCACAGCACCUCCGUCCUCAUCCUUUGUUGAGCUUCUUGAACCUUGCCCGGGUCCUUCCCCUGGCCCCCAUCCGUUGCCAUUGUACGGAUCCAACACGGAGAAGCAAUUGUAGAGCAGGACCUUUAUUGCUGCAAUAAUACCCCGGGAGGUGGGUGUAGUUACCAGGAAAUAAUGCCACUAAGUUUUUCUUCACCAACUCAGUCCAUCCCCGUCUCCAUCGCUCGAUCCUCAGCCGCCCCCAUCUGGCACUCAUCCCUCUGAAGCAGAGAUCAGCACUCACAGAACAAUAGCAAUAGUUUAACUCUGUGUUUAUAACCUGUUUGUCCCGAGCUGUUCUGGAGAGCAGUGCAUGUGACCCGAUGCCUUCCCACGUCUAUGGAAGAGGAUCCGCUUGGACGUGGUGAGGGAAAGAUGAAUGUAUAUUCCAUCCUUACUGAAGGGGCACUGUCAGGGUGAAGACCUAAUUUAUCCUUGUUAGCAGUAACUUGUUUGCUUGGAAAGGAGAGAAUGGGAAGUUUCUCGUCCUCCUCCCUCGGCCGUUGUCUGGGCAGCCCUCGGUGACAGCCCACGUCCUGGUCUGCACAUCAGCACAACACAGCCUCGGGCUUUGGGGUUGCUAUUCCGUUUCCAUGGGAAUCAAACUCUGCUGCAGAGCUCAGAUUUUUUAUGAAAAGCAGCUUUUUAUAUUACUGCACCCUUAGGCCGGACUUUCUACCUGACGCUGUCCCUUCAAAGUCUUUUCAAAAACCAGUGAGAGGAGCCCGUGCGUUCCCUCCCAGUCGUUUCCCUGGGUUUGCUCAAUCACUCAGUCAGAUGAGGCGAAAUCCUAAUACCAAAAACCGUUUACAGUGUCGGGGGCACGAGCCCAGAGCAGAAAUCAGCCAAAGGGUCACCACCACCCUCCCAGCAGCCGCCGUGCUUGCUGUAGCAGCCCCUUCUUCAGGUAUCGCCACUGUUUGCUGCAUUUCCUAUUAGUUCUAGAAGCCUUACGGUCCCCUCCCUCUGCCUGUUGAUACCCUCGACUGUCAAUUUUAUAUUCCAACAAUGUUAAGUAUAUUUUAUUUAUAAAAAAUUGCUCUAGGGGUACCAGCUGUGCGUGGGGAACCAGCGGGGGGAUCCUGAGGGCGCCGGGUCCGCCCCGCGUGUGCCGUGCCGAUGACUCGCGUGUGUGUGGCAAACCUUCUGUACAACUUCCUUCUCCUCCUUGCUGUUAGUGCAUCGUUCCAAUGCCUGGUGUGCUUCGUGUACAGUACCAUUGUGAGUUACACAGAUUAAAGAAAUGGGAAGGCG